AUGCCAAUGACCACAACGGCGAAGUCAUCGCUGAAGAGAAGCGAUGACAGGAUUAUUAUCCACUUUGACUACGACUGCUUCUACGCGUCCGUUUUCGAAGUCGAGAAUCCCGCCCUGAAAAGUGUUCCGCUCGGUGUGCAGCAGAAGCAGAUUAUUGUGACCUGCAACUACGAAGCUCGUCGACGAGGACUACGUAAACUCCAACUCGUUUCGGAGGCAAAGAAAAAAUGCCCGGACAUGGUGAUUGUGCUCGGCGAGCAGCUGGACCGUUUUCGGGAUGCCUCGAAAAUGCUCUACAAGUUCUUGGAGUCCUUCACAUGGAACAACAAGGUUGAGAAGCUUGGCUUCGAUGAGGUCUUUCUCGACGUCACCGAUAUUGUUGCAUACAACCAGUCGCUGCUGAACCCGAACGACCUCAGCCACGCAUUCUUCAACCUGUCCCGCGAUGACCCGACGAUUGGAUUUUCCUUCGAUGCCUCUCGCACGGCUGGCCAUGAAUAUCCAGACCUUGACGACACAGCUAUUGAAAUCGCAGCGAAGGACCAGGAGCUUCUCAUACGGUUGAGAAUAGGUUCACAUCUGGCGCAACACCUUCGGCAUCGGCUCGAGGAAGACAAGGGUUAUACUUCAACGGUUGGAAUUUCAACCUCGAAAUUGCUGGCUAAGCUGGCCGGCAACUUACAUAAACCCAAGGCACAGACAACAUUGAUGCCUCCGUACGAAAGUACUUCGAAUGAGGAUCAAGCAGAACAAACAAGCACUGUGAUUGCAUUUUUGGACACCCACGAUAUCGGAAAAAUCCCGGGAAUUGGGUUCAAGAUGUCACAGAAAAUAAGAGACCAUAUUCUUGGACGAAAAGUUGACUUGAAAGAUGAGACCGAUUCUCGUGUAGUGAAGGAUUCUGUCUCGGUUCGCGACGUCCGCCUCUUUCCGGGUAUGGGGCCAGAGCUUCUUGACGAAAUUCUUGGAGGGCUAGGUGCCGAACGUGGCAUUGGCGCGAAGGCAUGGGCACUGAUAAACGGAAUCGAUGAAUCAGAAGUUCAGACACUCAAGCGGGUUCCGACCCAGAUAUCUAUUGAAGACAGUUACAGAGGUAUCAGUACCCUCCCUGAAGUACGGAAGGAGCUACGGGUCCUUGCUACUAGCCUCAUCAACAGAAUGCAUACAGAUCUUCUUGAAUCCGACGAAGACAACCCUGGGAAGCAACGAUGGUUGGCACAUCCUAAGACGAUACGACUCUCAACCAGGCCCCAACCUCCGCGGAAUCCAGACGGGACUCGGUCGAGGAGUUUCAACCGAAUUUCCCGCUCGUGCCCUCUCCCAAACUUUAUUUUCGGCUUACGGGAGGGUGUGGAUGCGUUGGUUGAAAAGCUUGUUGUGGAAACUCUGAUCCCUCUGUUUCACCGCCUCCACGACGGUAAGGGUUGGAGCUUAAACCUUAUCAACAUUUGCGUCGCAAAUAUGGUAGAGACGGCUAGCGAGACCGUUAAAGGUCGAGGACGCGAUAUUAGCCGCAUGUUUAAGCACCAAGAAGAAGUGCUAAAGGAGUGGAAGGUGGAAGAUAAAGACGUGCCGCCCGAUUGGGUUGCUGAACACCACCGAACUAAUGAUGGUGGUAGGUCACACGCUCUCUUUAAAGCAGAGCCAAGUGCUGGCAAUGACGCUAUCAUGAAGGGAGCUACGGGCUCUGAGGAUGUAAUACCAAUGACGCAGGAUGCUGUCGACGACGAGACUCUCUACAUGAACGAAGAAUCAGACUCGGGCAAGUGCUCGAUCUGCAACGCAAUUAUGCCAGCUUUUGCGAUGGCCGCUCAUGAGCGAUACCACGAAUUUGAGAAUUUGAGCGAAUAA